AUGGCGGCGAGCUGCCAUCCUGGCCCUCGUCAUUUCCUCGCCUCCCCUGGCCGCCGGGCCCUCGACGUGCCGAAAUUGAUUCACGGCAGCCCGUGGGCGAAGCAACACGUGAUGAGGCUGCCCGCCGGCUGGCUACACGAGAUACGAUACGCCCCUCGUCCGGCGCUGACCGCCUUCGAUUGGGCCAGGCUGAUGUCGCCAUCGGGAACGUGCAUCAUCGAGCCGAACGAGGCCCACCAGGACGGCCGGCGAGACGAUUUCGUGGCCGGCCACCAUUGCCGCAUCCGAAGCCGAAUACGGCGACGAGCUUCUCGCGCCGCCCGCCCGACGUCGUGCUCCCUCUCCUACGCUCUGCCCUUUGCCCUCCUCUGGUUCCUGACCCUCGCCGUCAUGGGUGUCGCUGCCGCCACAGCCGCGAGUGGCCCCGAGCCGCCGCGUCGGCCGCGCGCUCUCGUCUACCGUGGAUCCUCGACGAGCCGGGGCCUGCCCGAGGCCGUCGCCCAGCUGCUCGAGUCGUCGCCGCGCAACUUUGAGGUGCGCUUCGCCGGCCCCGACGAGGCCGUCGACGUGACGGCCGAGAGCCUGAGUGCCGUCGAGCUCUACGCCCAGCCGGGCGGACCAGACCUCGACGACGCUUGGGCGGAAACCAAGGCCUACGCCUCCGACAUUCGCGACUUCGUCUCCCGCGGCGGUCGCUACCUCGGCUUCUGCCUCGGCGCCUACCUCGCCGGUCGCGGGCCCGGCUUCGGCCUGCUCCCUCGCGGCGCCGACACCGACUCGGAGCACGAGCAAAAGGGCGCCCAGGUCAAGGACGACAAGGACACCAUCAUCCAGGUCGACUGGACCUUUGCCGGAGCCACCCAAGCCGGCCGCAAGGUCAAGAACCGCUGGCUGUACUUUCAGGAGGGCGCCGUCAUCCAGGGCCUCGAGGAAUCCGACACGUCCUACGUCCUGGGCCGCUACUCGAAGAGCGGUGGCGUCGCCUCCUCCCUGAGCAAGUACGGCGACGGUUGGGUUGGCCUGAUAGGACCUCACCCCGAGGCCACCGAGGCGUGGUUCUCUGCUUACAAUAUCGACAGCCCCGAUGGCUUGCAGUACGAGAUUGGCUACGACCUUAUCGAGGCCACCAUGGAGGGUGGCAAGAAUGCCGUCAGCGCAGCAUCGUCGAGCGGUGCGGCCAAGUUGCGCAGCCCGCUGGGGCGCCUGUUGCGCCCUUGGAAAUGA